UGCUUUUAGAGUAACAAAGACGACUUUGUCAAGGCAAUGUGAGGUAUAUCGAUACUUUCAGUUCAGCAAAGAGGACUUUGUCAAGAUAGUGGAUGGUAUAUUGAUACUAUUAAUGUAACAAAGACGACUUGGUAAAAAAAAACGAUAGUAUGUUAACACUUGUAGCGCAACAAUGCCGUAAAUGCCUUUAACAGUAGAACGACUCCGAGAUUAGAAAGUAACUUCCGCCUGCUCUGCUGAGAGUGGUAAUUUGUUUAUAAUUAUAAAGUUUUAAUAAUUUACCUACAACUGUUAUUUUGUUCAAAUCCACAAGUAGAGGAGUUUAUGUGGGACGUCCUUAAGAAGGCGGAGGAGGCGGAGGGAUACCGAGCCAAGGGGCGAUGACGUAAUUGGUUGCUAGCUGUCCAGAGCUGACACUAUGGCCUUUUGAAUUCUACUACAAGCUGCUUCUUCUACAACAAGUCGUGCUUUGCUUUGGCAACGCACCCCCUCCAAGCUCUCUACUAUUUCUCUGCAAGAAUGGAGUGUCACUAUGCCCACCCAGCCCUGCUCUCUGUGGCCCAGCUGUCUGACCCUUCCUGCUCUCAGCAUAUGGUCCGACUUGGACUGAACCAAAGCGCCGACGGACAAAAUGACGAUGGCGACGCCAACUGCUGUUUGGAAGACUUUUCGUGGGUGCCCGGCAGACCCCCUCGCUCUCUCUCACCCACAGGCUAGCCACAGCCAAUCACAGGGGUGCAGGGGGGAGGUGUCAGAGGGGAGUCAGCACUUAAUUGGUGAUGGUCUCACUGACUGGAUGACGGAAGAAGUGGACUUCUCCUCGUACCUCCCAAACCCUCCUUCCCCUCCUUCCUCCACCAAUGCCUCCCUUCCCCCAUCACCCCUCCACAAUGAUAUCCAGGUGCCCUCUGACUUGGAGGUAAUGACCUCUCUGCUGCAAGAGGAACUAGCCCAACUGGAAGACUACUUCCUAUCAGAGCCACUGCCAGAGAAGGGGCAAAGGCUGGGAAAAUGCGAAAGGGGUCCGCAGCUGACGGGUCCUCAGCAGUUCACUCAGAUGCCGUACACGUCGUACGCCACACCCAGCCAGUCGGAAUCCAGUCCAUUUCUUCUCACCCUGGCAACCGGAGAACUGGACUUGCUGGGCGUAUGUGGCGGCCCCGUCGGGCGAUCCAAAAUUCCCAGGCACACCCCGUACAGCUGCAGUCGCCCCAGUGCAUGCGUUAGGAAAAGAAUCCCAGACGGUGUGAGGUUCAGUGAAGGUUAUGACAACUGUUUAAGUUCCAAAGGAAGCAACUCAGGUAAUUCGGUCUUCAAUUAUUGCUGCGUGGAAGAGGAGCAGCUGGUUGGAAAAGGCUACUGUCUGGGCAGCGCAGUGGAGCUCAGGAAAUGUGCCUUGCUGUCAAAAGAAGAUAAAACCUGCUGCUUCGGUCACAAUGGCAUUGGGGAUGCAAAAGUUGCCGGCAGUGGAUUUGGUUUCGGCGCAUCGCAUGAUGACCCACCAAAGAAAGAAGAUCUGCUGAUGUAUAGCAUGAGAGAGGUGAGCGGGGGCACAAGUAACAGCGAGGUGCUGACCAGCAUUAAGACUGGCGUGGAGGUGACAAAAGCAACAGUUACUUGGAAAGCCCAGAGCAGUGAAGGUUGUUAUCUUUCGGGAACACCCCAGGCUGAGGCCUAUCAUAGCUUCUUCACUGAGCAGGUCAAAGCGGAGAGUCUGCAGAUAGGGCAGCAUGACUUGCACUGUAAUUUUCUGGAGGAUCCAGGUCCAGAAUGUCUUUUGAUGGCCAGGGACAGUCUGAACUUGGAGUCCUGCAGGCUGAAGGAAGACCACUGUGCUGUGAAAUACGAAUUGGACAUCAUUCCCGCGGAAGGCGGAGAGCGCAAACAGAAGAAGCGAGAUCAGAACAAAACAGCCGCACACAGGUAUCGCCAAAGAAAGAGGGCGGAGCUCGAUUCUUUGGAGGAGCAGCUGCAUUGCCUGGAAGGGAGGAACCGCGAGCUGCGGGACAAGGCAGAAUCUGUCGAGCGUGAAAUCCAGUACGUCAAAGACCUCCUGAUCGAAGUUUACAAGGCCAGAAGCCAAAGGCUGACGCAGGACACCACAGCAUAAUUCCAAAUUCCCACCAAGCAGGCAGGGAAGUUAUUAUGUUGAUCGUCCAGAAUUGAAUGUUGUUGUUUUUUAUAAUGCAUGCUUUGGUAAUGUCAUUUCUUUCAUUAUUCCAAAUCAUCACAAAAUCUAAUGCUUCCAUAGCUUUCCCAAACCUCUUGAGGCUGGUAAUGACAAUCGCUUUGAUUAAAACGUUAUUUUUUACAAUUAUUGGACUGAUUCUGCAGGUUUAAUAUUUGACUGGCCUUAUAUUAGAAUUGAUGUCAAAUUGAUGUAAAGUUUUUUUUUUUCCUGUUUAAGAUUGUUGUAUGUAAAAAAAUGUUAACAUACAUUUCUAUUCACCUCGCUUUUGAAACUGAAUUGUUUUUGGAAUAUUUAUUGAGAACCUCAUCAGGCUAUUUUCCAUUCCAUUUAAUAUGAAUGCAUAUUUUGAUUUGACUUUGUAUUAAUUUAAAUAUUUCUUUGGAAA